CAAUCGAACAAAUAGUUCAUUUCCCUGGCCAAUUGCAUCUGUAGUGUCUCCCUUGAAUCUGCUGCUGACUGGCUGCAAAUGCAGCAGCGUCCCCACACAGAAACAGAGAACCAGGACCCUCUGGUGAGAUUCUCGCUGCCGUGGGCUGGCAAGAGCAGCUCCCAGUGGCUGCUCCCCCGAGUUGCUCUGAUGGCAACAGCAGAGCAGGUUUGCUCCCUCACCUCUCCCUCCCCUUAGUGCCCUUCUGGGGAGAGCAAAGAAGAAAACCAGCAGGUGCUGAGGCAGGACCAGCCCACAACUAGAAGAUGCUACUUGUGGUUCAGGUUUGGAGGCUCGUUUUGCAGUGGCUGCACGCUGCCACCAUGGCACCGAGGCUCCUGGGAAUGGGGCCCUUCUCCCUCCUCGGCCUUGGAGUCCUGGUCCUGCUCCUGGCUCUCCCUGCUGAUGCUGGGCUCUCUCAGAAGCACGUCUCAGACGUCGUGGAUGACAGCAAGGACAACAUCACCAUUUUCACACGCAUCCUGGACAGGCUCCUGGACGGCUACGACAACCGCCUGCGGCCUGGCCUCGGAGACAGUGUAACUGAAGUCAAGACAGACAUUUACGUGACGAGUUUCGGCCCUGUCUCGGACACAGACAUGGAAUACACCAUUGAUGUCUUUUUCCGGCAGUCCUGGAGAGAUGAAAGGCUGAAGUUUGAUGGUCCCAUGAAAAUCCUUCCCCUUAACAACCUGCUGGCCAGUAAGAUCUGGACUCCUGACACUUUCUUCCACAACGGGAAGAAAUCUGUUGCCCACAACAUGACCACGCCCAACAAGCUGCUGCGCCUGGUGGACAACGGCACCCUCCUGUACACCAUGAGGCUGACCAUCCACGCCGAGUGCCCCAUGCACCUGGAGGACUUCCCCAUGGACGUGCACGCCUGCCCCCUGAAAUUUGGGAGCUAUGCCUACACAAAGACAGAGGUGAUCUACACCUGGACCCUGGGGAAGGAUAAAUCUGUGGAAGUAGCCAAGGGUGGAUCUCGCCUGAACCAGUACGACCUGCUGGGCCAUGUGGUUGGCACAGAGAUGGUUCGAUCCAGCACAGGGGAAUACGUCGUCAUGACCACGCACUUCCACCUCAAGAGGAAGAUUGGGUACUUUGUGAUCCAGACCUACCUGCCCUGCAUCAUGACUGUCAUCCUGUCCCAGGUCUCCUUCUGGCUCAACAGGGAGUCCGUCCCUGCCCGCACGGUUUUUGGUGUCACCACGGUGCUCACCAUGACCACACUAAGCAUCAGCGCCAGAAACUCCUUGCCCAAGGUGGCGUACGCGACGGCCAUGGACUGGUUCAUAGCCGUCUGUUACGCCUUCGUGUUUUCUGCGCUGAUCGAGUUCGCCACCGUCAACUACUUCACCAAGCGCAGCUGGGCCUGGGAUGGCAAGAAGGUGCUGGAGGCCCAGGAGAUGAAGAAAAAAGAGCCGGUGGCGCUGGCCAAGAAAACCAACAACACCUACAACAUCGUGGGCACCACCUACGCCCUGAACAUCUCCAAGGAGCCCGGCCUGCCCACCAUCUCCAAGAGUGCUGCUGCCACUGCCACUGCCACCAGCGUGCCCCCCAAGAUGCCCCGUCUGGAGGAGAAGCUCCCCGAGAGCAAGAAGACCUACAACAGCGUCAGCAAGGUAGACAAGAUGUCCCGCAUCGUCUUCCCAGUCCUCUUUGCCAUUUUCAACCUGGUCUACUGGGCCACCUAUGUGAACCGGGAGUCAGCUAUCAAGGGAAUGAUCCCCAAACAGUAAAACAGGUCACACAAACCUUCCAUCUGUGAGCAUCAUCCCAGCAGGAAUUCUCCAGGGCUUUCUUCUUUCCUUGUUUUGUUUAAUUAUUAUUGUUCAUUUGAUAUUAUGAUGAUGAUUAUUAUUAUGUCACUCUUUUAUAAUGUUAACAAAACUGUGAUUUUAAUUUAAUCCCAUAUAUACUUUGGUUUCGUUUACUUUGAUGAUGAAAGCUUAAAAAAUAAUAAGGGAUCAUAA